AUGACGGAAGCGGAAGUAAUAGACAACAAGGGUAAGGCGACUGUGCUUUCACGGAACUAUGGCCUCGACGUGGAAAUGGCUGAUAGUGCGUUGGCAGCCUCGAGUGUGGCUAGUCGCGACUACCAGAAGCAGUGUUUACAUAUAUACAGGGAAUUCAUUAAAAACAUGAACUGUCAUUUAAAAGACGAAAAAGAAGUCAGAGACGAAUUAAAUAGAUUACGAAAAGAAAAGAUCACGAAUAUGAAAUAUUCUUUAUACAGGUCUGCAGGCGAGGAUGUGUUCUCUUCCGCUAAAGAAAAACGCCAAAAAAUGAUGGAAAGCAUGGCUAUUGUGUCUCCUCUGAUAUUCGAUGAUAACCGGAUGAACACUCCCUGGGGACUUGAUAAUAUUAUUGACGAGGACUUACUGCGUCCUCAAACGGCACCCGCACGGAAGGUCACGGAAUCAGAGGAGAGAAACGACCCUGGGGACGACACAGAGGGACGGCCUCAGACAGUAUCAAACACUAAUUACAGACAUAUGGACUUCUUGGAUGACAUCACGAUGGAAAUAGAGAUGAAUCAGCGCCAACUUGGAAUAAGUGAUGCUCCUGUAACACCCACAACACAUCCUGUUCUCAAUCCAUCAGACAUGGAUACACUACAGCCGACCAAAACUACCGAACGUGUGCGGUUUGCUACCCCGAACCCGGGUGAAAAUUCAGGGGGUAAAGCGGAGUCAGAUGAAGAAACAGAUGGUAUUGUUGAUGCAAAAACAGAAAGAACCAGAGCUCGUAGAAUAACAAUUAACGCGAUGUCUUUUGCUAAACUAUCUAUCGGGGAGAUCAUGGCCAAACUCAAACACAAAGAUGGAAAAUUUAAGAUAAAACCAAUCAAUAUGAAUUAUACUCCAAACGAGGUUGAUGCCGUUUUUAUUGCAAAAGAUCCGACGAAGGAGAAGAUGGCGCUUGUUCGACAAAACACGAGCUGCAAAUCCUCCACAAUUGCGACGGAUUUGAAAGUAAACAAUCGAAUUGCUAUUAUGAAGUCUUUAAUGGGUAUAAAAGUGAAGAAAAAAACAGUAUCUGAAAUUUUUGACAAUGGCAGGGAUAGAAAAACAAGGCACUUCAGAAUCGUACUGAAAAAUUCGAAAAAUCGAAGCAUCAUUCCUGAACCAGUUGUGAAUGAAGUGGACAAGGAGGAAGACGAAAAUACCGUGCCAAUUCAAGUUUCAAUAACGCCUAUAAUUCCAAAGAAACCUAAUUUGAAGCACACACCAGGCUUAAGCGAGAACUUAACUAAUCAUCGUUCGACGCCGAUGUAUACGCGAGAUAGUCAUAACAAAGCUGGGCGGGUGCCGAUCAUUCAUGCCACCAACGACACGGACAGUGCCUUUAUUCGAACCAGCAGUUUCGGUAGUCGGCGAGGAUACGAGCACGCGCGUAAUGACUCGCGUAUGUCUCUCUCUUCGUCAUUCAGUCAAGACCCGUUACAGCGUUCACUCAGUAGCCGAAACCAGCAGUACAAUGGCCGAACGCUUCAUGGUGUUGAAGGGCCGGACCGUGGAACCCCACUCAACAGGUCAGUGUCUGUAAUGUCGGGACGCGAGAGUGUUAUCUUCCAGGGCACGGAUGCAGACAUGACAGAGAUGAUUCGUAUGUUGGUUGAAGGUGAUGGACGGGGAGGGACAGGGAAACAACCUGGAAAUAUCCGGUCAGCCAGCAGAGCCAGUGGCACCACGUCCAUAGCCGGCAGUCACUUCGGGAGGAGAAUGAAAACUCCAUCACGUAAAAUGGUCACUCCAACAUCAAUGCUUAGCGAUUCAGAAAUGUCAUUUGGAGGCGUAAAUAGACCCCUGUCCGUCAACCAGCGGACGACUAAACAGAUGGUCAAGGAAAUGAUGGAACAGGACAAGGAAUACCAGGACAAUAUGGACACUAUGAGACGGCGCAUGGCAAGUAGUGGAAGGAGAGCUAGUGCUGUCUUCCGGAAGUGA